AUGGCAUUCGAAGAAUUUGAGACCCGGACUCCACUGUGGCUUGACUGUGAUCCUGGCCACGAUGAUGCGUUUGCAAUUCUAAUUGCUGCUUUACAUCCCGCAUUGAAUCUGCUUGGAAUCACAACCAUACAUGGCAAUGCUUCUCUAGCAAAGACCACGGCAAAUGCCGGAAGCGUCCUGGAAGCUAUCGGCCGCCCAGAAGUCCCCGUUUACCCAGGAAGUGCAAAGCCCUUUUCACGACCUGCUCUCCAUGCUCCUGAUAUUCAUGGUGAAUCGGGCCUCGAUGGAACAGACCUUCUUCCAAAGGCAUCUGUGGCACCUAUUACGGAUCAGAACCCGAUCCUUGCUAUGCGAAAUGCGCUCCUGGCUCAACCCAAAGGUACUCCAUGGGUAGUGGCUACUGGCACAUUGACAAAUGUCGCCCUCUUGUUCGCAACGUUUCCCGAGGUUGUGGACCAUAUCGCCGGCCUUAGUAUCAUGGGCGGUGCUAUUGGCAAUGGGUUCACAGAUGCUCCUAUGAGCAAAUUACCAGGUGAAAAAUCACGCAUUGGAAAUGUGACGCCUUGGGCAGAAUUUAAUCUCUAUUGUGACCCUGAAUCCUCAGAGGCAAUCUUUAGUAACCCUCCGUUGGCAGCUAAGACAGCUAUUAUGAGCUUGGACUUGACUCAUCAAGUCCUUGCGUCGUCAGAUAUCCAAACCCGAAUUCUCAAUGGUGCCAGGGAACCAUCUGACGAGCCAACCGUUAUCCGACGGAUUCUCCAUGCUCUGCUCAUCUUUUUUGCCGGGACAUAUGAGAAGGUCUUUGGUUUGUCCACCGGACCACCGCUGCAUGACCCCUUGGCGGUAGCAGUGAUUCUGUCAAACUUGAACCCCACUUUCGCUCAAAAACAUCCGGAUCGGGUGAUCAAAUUCGAUGAUAAAGGAGGGGAGAGAUUCGCUGUCCAAAUUGUCACCGAUGGACUUCAUGGUGAAAACGUGUCUAUUACAGGCCAGCUUGGACGCUCCAUCGCUGCCCCGGUCAAGGGGGCCGGUGUGGCUAUUCCCCGCGGCGUCGAUCUUGAGGCGUUCUGGAACUUGAUUCUGGAGUGUGUGCAAUUGGCCGAUGACUGCAAUGCAGCUCGUGCACAAUAG